CUACUACUGUGUCUUAAAAACGCAGCGUAUUAAUACAGAUCUCACAGUCUAAACACUGCAUGCAGCACUGGAGGCCAAGACUGAAUCUGUCAUCCAGUUCAACAGUAACAUGGUUCUGUUGAAGAUUUGCGUGUGGACCGGCCUCAUGUUGGUCCUCCCUCAGUGUACGUAUCAGUCAUGCACAGAAGGAACACCCAGACAGUGCGUAGAAGCAGAAUUUGCUCCAGGUACCAAUCUGGCCGGGGAAGGUUUCGACAUCACCAAAAUGGAACGCAAGGGUGCCUUUGUGCUUGACAUGAAUAAGUGGAAACGUAAGGACAAAACAUGCACACUGUGUACCAACCCCUAUAUGGAGAACAAAAAGCAAAAACUGCCCUUGUCGGUGUUGGACUGGAGGGCAAAACAGUCCUGCAGCAUGAAAGUGGCCACUAAACUUCACAAAUCCAGUGAGUCUCUACUCAGUUCCACCACAUCUUCUGUUGAAAACAACUGGAAAGUUGGCCUAGACUUUACAUUAGGAAAAAAAGGAGCCUCACUGAUGAUGGCUGGAACCCAUUCUAAACUAGCUGGGUACUCUAUGGAGAAAACAAAGAAUGACAAGUUCAGCUUCUCAAGUCAAAGCAUGUCCUGUGAGUACUACAGCUACAGAGUGUCCAACACUCCCAGGUGGCACAGAGAGUUUCGGAAAGCAGUGAAGCAGCUUCCCAAAAUCUACAGCCCAGGAACCAAGCAACAAUUUUACAAACUGAUUGACAACUUUGGCACGCAUUACAUCACCAAGGUAAAGGUUGGUGGAAAUCUUCAAUCUGUGACUAGUAUCAGGCAGUGUGAGGCCAGUCUGCAGGGGUUAAGUGCAGAGGAGGUGCAGAUGUGCUUGGAAGUUGAGGCCUCUGCCACCAUCAAAGUCACAGUAAACGCUCGGUAUCAGCAUUGCAAGAAGGACAUAAAGAAGACGGACAGUAAGUCAGCCUUCUCCAGCCUCUUCAAUGACCGCUUCACAGAAAUAAAGGGGGGCCAUACCACAGAGCCAGACCUUCUCUUCUCUGCUGACAAAAAUCCAUCAGCCUACAAAGAAUGGCUGAACACAUUACCACAGAAUCCAGAUAUAGUCUCACAUUCCCUGGACUCUCUGCAUGAAUUAUUGCCUGUAAACUCCUCAACCUGGAAAAACCUGCGCUCUGCCAUUAGCCAUUACAUCCUGGAGAAAGGCCUGAUGAAGAACUGCAGCGACCGUUGUCAGACUGGCAUUAGGAGCGACUCGAAGGAUUCAUGUGUGUGCCAAUGCCACAAUGAACCUGGUGUGAACACGGAUUGCUGCCCAACACGUAAGGGCAUGGCACGGGUCAUUGUAACAGUACAACGAGCCACUGGUUUGUGGGGAGACUACUUCUCAGCCACAGACGGAUAUGUCAAGGUGUUCUUUGGUAAAGAGGUUCGUCGUUCUCCUGUCAUUAACAAUAACAACAACCCACACUGGGCCAUGGUCGUAGACCUGGGCCCCCAGGAUCUGUCUGGAGGAAACAAAUUGAGAUUUGAAGUGUGGGAUCAGGACAACAACUGGGACGAUGACUUGUUAGGAAAAUGUGAGCAGGUUCUGUCUGCAGGAGUAAAGGAGGAUCUGUGUAAUCUGAACCACGGCCAGCUGUACUUCAAAUGGGAAGUGAAGUGUGCUCCAAGUCUGAGUGGAAGUGCAUGUAUGGAGUAUAAACCUACACCUAUGAGUCAAAGUCUGAGGAAGUUGUACGUGUCACGUCAUUCACAUCCUAUUCCAAAGGCCAUCCUAUUAGAGAUGGGUGUGUUUGUGAAUGAAUCAAGUUCAUGGAAAAAUCAGUCUUACUUCUGAGAGUCAAAUGUAUGAUGUCAAAUAACCCAUGACUGGUUUUACUGAGGCUUACAUGCAUUUUAUUCCACUGAUGAGGUUAGUUUAAGCAAAAGGCAUAGUCAGUAAUGUUGACCACUUAUUAUUAGAAUUGACAAAAUAGCUGCAACUAAACAUUAAAACAACAUCAUAUAUGUAUUGUGUAGUUAUUAUUUCAGUUGAACAUCUCUCAAGAUCGAGGAAAGUGAAAGUGAAAUGAGAUUUGUGCCACUGUGUUUUUUGUGUGAUAAAUGUGUUACUAAUAUAGAAAGCAUUUAAGUUUAGUAGUGUAAAGGUUACUGCAGCUGUUAAAACGCAAGAUUUAUUCUGUGCAGCUUCUACAUAUAUCUUAGUUUGUGUGUUAUUUUGAAAGGCUCUGUAGGGGGGGUACUAUAUAGAAAACUAAGGCAUACAUUUUGAUCACCCUGUCUAUUCAUGUUAUACUGCCAUAUCCAGUAUAUUCCUUUUUUCAUGUUGUACCUCACCUACUUGCAUCGCUGCUUCAUAUAUCUACUUAUUGCUGAUUCAGAUUUUGAUAUAUAUACGAAACCUUGCAUUUUUCACUUUUCAAUUAGUGUGCUCUUGCUAGUUUGUAAUUUCAGUGGCUUGUUUUGCAACAUAGAUUUAGUUUUAUUUGGUAUAUCAUAAUAAAAGCUUUCUUUUCAAUA